UCUGCCAGCGCGAACCUGGACAUGGAGCCGCUCGGCGGGGGCCAGGGUCCCGGCCGCGGGACCCGGGACAAAAAGAAGGGCCGGAGCCCGGACGAACUGCGCGGCGGCGACGGCGGCAAAUCCAAGAAAUUUACUCUGAAGCGGCUCAUGGCAGAUGAGCUGGAGAGAUUUACCAGCAUGAGAAUUAAAAAGGAGAAGGAAAAGCCCAAUUCUGCUCAUAGAAAUUCUUCUGCAGCAUAUGGGGAUGAUCCCACAGCACAGUCAUUGCAAGAUGUUUCAGACGAGCAAGUUCUAGUACUCUUUGAACAGAUGCUGCUGGAUAUGAACCUUAACGAGGAGAAACAGCAACCUUUGAGGGAGAAGGAUAUUAUCAUCAAGAGAGAGAUGGUGUCCCAAUACUUGCACACCUCUAAGGCUGGCAUGAGCCAGAAGGAGAGUUCUAGGUCUGCUAUGAUGUACAUUCAAGAAUUGAGGUCAGGCUUGCGGGAUAUGCCUCUGCUCAGCUGCCUAGAGUCCCUUCGUGUCUCCCUCAACAACAACCCUGUCAGCUGGGUGCAAACAUUUGGUGCUGAGGGUCUGACCUCUUUAUUGGACAUCCUUAAACGACUCCAUGAUGAGAAAGAGGAGACUGCUGGAGGCUACGAUAGCCGUAACAAGCAUGAGAUCAUUCGUUGCCUGAAAGCUUUUAUGAACAACAAGUUUGGAAUCAAGACCAUGCUGGAAACAGAAGAAGGAAUCCUGCUGCUGGUCAGAGCCAUGGAUCCUGCUGUUCCCAACAUGAUGAUUGAUGCAGCUAAGCUGCUUUCUGCUCUUUGUAUCCUACCACAGCCAGAGGACAUGAAUGAAAGGGUUUUGGAGGCAAUGACAGAAAGAGCUGAGAUGGAUGAGGUAGAACGCUUCCAGCCAUUGUUGGAUGGAUUAAAAAGUGGGACCUCCAUUGCGCUCAAGGUGGGAUGUCUACAGCUGAUCAAUGCUCUCAUCACACCAGCUGAAGAACUUGACUUCCGAGUUCACAUCCGAAGUGAACUGAUGCGCUUGGGGCUGCAUCAGGUGUUGCAGGAUCUUCGAGAGAUUGAAAAUGAUGAUAUGAGAGUGCAACUAAAUGUGUUUGAUGAGCAAGGGGAAGAGGAUUCCUAUGACCUGAAGGGACGGCUGGAUGACAUUCGAAUGGAGAUGGAUGACUUCAGUGAAGUUUUCCAGAUUCUCCUAAACACAGUAAAGGAUUCAAAGGCAGAGCCACACUUCCUGUCCAUCCUGCAGCACCUACUCUUGGUCCGAAAUGACUAUGAGGCUAGACCGCAGUACUAUAAGCUGAUUGAAGAAUGUAUUUCUCAGAUAGUUCUGCACAAGAAUGGGGCUGAUCCUGACUUCAAGUGCCGGCACCUCCAGAUUGAUAUUGAGGGGUUGAUUGAUCAAAUGAUUGAUAAAACAAAGGUGGAGAAAUCUGAAGCCAAAGCUACAGAGUUGGAAAAAAAGCUGGACUCAGAGUUAACAGCACGACAUGAGCUACAGGUAGAAAUGAAAAAGAUGGAAAGUGACUUUGAGCAGAAGCUCCAGGAUCUUCAGGGAGAAAAGGAUGCCUUGGAUUCUGAAAAGCAGCAGAUAGCCACAAAGAAACAGGACUUGGAAGCAGAGGUGUCUCAACUCACAGGGGAGGUUGCCAAGCUUUCUAAGGAACUGGAAGAUGCCAAGAAAGAAAUGGCUUCUCUCUCCGCUGCCGCUGCCGUUACUGCUGUAGCCCUUCCUAGCAGUGCUCCUGUCCCCCCCACCCCUCCUUUACCUGGUGACUCUGGCCCUGUUACUCCACCCCCAGCCCCUCCUUUACCGGGGGUGGUUAGCAUACCCCCAUCAGCUCCUCUUCCUGGAGGUGGUACCAUUCCUCCUCCACCACCUCCCCCUCCUUUGCCUGGGGGUGUUUGUAUCCCCCCACCCCCUCCUUUGCCUGGAAGUACUGUUGAUAUCCCCCCACCCCCUCCUUUGCCUGGGGGUGCUGGCAUCCCCCCACCCCCUCCUUUGCCUGGGAGGCAUCCCUUGAGCACCUUGCCUGGGGGGGCACAGGUCUCCUCUCACUUCUUGCCUGGGGGUGCUGGCAUCCCCCCACCCCCUCCUUUGCCUGGGAGUGCUAGUAUCCCUAUACCUCCUCCUUUGCCUGGGGGCACUGGUAUCCCACCCCCUCCUUUGCCUGGGGGUGCUGGCAUCCCACCUCCUCCUCCCCCUCUUCCUGGAGGUCCUGGAAUCCCUCCACCUCCACCUGGAAUGGGUAUGCCUCCACCUCCCCCUUUUGGAUUUGGAGUUCCUGCAGCCCCAGUUCUGCCAUUUGGAUUGACCCCAAAGAAGCUUUAUAAGCCAGAAGUGCAGCUCCGAAGGCCAAACUGGUCCAAGUUUGUUGUUGAGGACCUGUCCCAGGACUGCUUCUGGACAAAAGUGAAGGAGGACCGUUUUGAGAACAAUGAACUUUUCGCCAAACUUACUCUUACCUUUUCUGCCCAGACCAAGACUUCAAAAGCCAAGAAGGACCAGGAAGGUGGAGAAGAAAAGAAAUCUGUGCAAAAGAAAAAAGUAAAAGAGUUAAAGGUGUUGGAUUCAAAGACAGCCCAGAAUCUCUCCAUCUUUCUGGGUUCAUUCCGCAUGGCCUAUCAAGAGAUUAAGAAUGUCAUCCUGGAGGUGAAUGAGUCUGUUCUCACUGAGUCUAUGAUCCAGAACCUCAUUAAGCAGAUGCCAGAGCCAGAGCAGUUAAAAAUGCUUUCUGAACUAAAGGAUGAAUAUGAUGAUCUGGCUGAGUCGGAGCAGUUUGGUGUGGUGAUGGGCACUGUGCCCCGCCUGCGGCCUCGCCUCAACGCCAUCCUCUUCAAGCUACAGUUUAGUGAGCAAGUGGAGAAUAUUAAGCCAGAGAUUGUUUCUGUGACUGCCGCGUGUGAGGAGUUACGAAAGAGUGAGAGCUUCUCUAAACUCCUGGAGAUUACGUUACUUGUUGGAAACUACAUGAAUGCUGGCUCCAGGAAUGCCGGUGCUUUCGGCUUCAACAUCAGCUUCCUCUGUAAGCUUCGAGACACCAAGUCCACAGAUCAGAAGAUGACACUGUUGCACUUCUUGGCUGAGUUGUGCGAGAAUGACCAUCCUGAUGUCCUCAAGUUUCCAGAUGAGCUUGCCCAUGUGGAGAAAGCCAGCCGAGUUUCUGCUGAAAACUUGCAAAAGAACCUAGAUCAAAUGAAGAAACAGAUUUCUGAUGUGGAACGUGAUGUUCAGAAUUUCCCAGCUGCCACAGAUGAGAAAGACAAGUUUGUUGAAAAAAUGACUAGCUUUGUGAAGGACGCACAGGAACAGUAUAACAAGUUGCGGAUGAUGCAUUGUAACAUGGAGACCCUCUAUAAGGAGCUGGGAGAGUACUUCCUCUUUGACCCCAAGAAGGUGUCUGUGGAAGAAUUCUUCAUGGAUCUGCACAACUUUAAGAAUAUGUUUGUGCAAGCAGUCAAGGAAAACCAGAAGCGGCGGGAGACAGAGGAAAAGAUGCGGCGAGCGAAACUAGCCAAGGAGAAGGCAGAGAAGGAGCGGCUGGAGAAGCAGCAGAAGAGAGAGCAACUCAUAGACAUGAAUGCAGAGGGCGAUGAGACAGGUGUGAUGGACAGUCUUCUGGAAGCUCUGCAGUCAGGCGCAGCAUUCCGACGGAAGAGAGGACCCCGUCAGGACAGUCCAUUGUGCCCCUGGCAGGAGGAGUUGGAGGAGGAGGAGACCUAUACACUGCCAACAGGAAGGCUGGGUGUGCAGUCACAUCUCUGCUAGCCUCGGAGCUGACCAAGGAUGAUGCCAUGACUACUGUUCCUCCUAAGGUCGCCAAGAACAAUGAGGGAGUCCCCACAAUCCUUGAAGAACCCAAGGAGC